AUGGCCUCGGUGCAGGUCCAUCUCACUCCAGGUGGGUCCUUCAUCCUUCAAUUUCGGCAACCAAAACAAGGGCAUCCAACAGCCUCCUGCUGCGUGUGGCCUUGUCCCCGGCCAGGAGACAGUGUGACUCUGGGGCCUGCCCUCUGUGGCACUGACGCUCGGCCUCUGGAGAGCGCGGCACCUGCUUCUCUGGCCACUCCGUCUGUGUGCUCUGCCUCCUGCGUCCCUCCUCCCUCCUCGGCACCUGGACCGUCCCAGCGCUCUGCCCUUGAGCCUCUAGCUCCUUCCCUGCCUCCCAGGUCACAGCCACUCCUGGUUUACCAACGGCCUGAGCUCCCUCCUGAGCCAACAAGGGGCACUGACUCAGCCCCUGUGCGGGAGGCUGUCCUGGGCACCCCGACCCCCUCUCCACCAGGAACCUCGGCUCUGCCUCCUGAUGCUGCCCCAGCCUGGGGCCCCUGCUUGUUCCCAAGCCCCUCUGUGCCCCCCGCUUCCAAGCCACGGACCUCCUGGGAGACCCCAGCCAGCCAGCCCUCCAGGCCAAGCCUUUUCUCCCCGUCCUGUUCCUCCUCGCCAAGCCCCCAGCUCCCACUCUGGGGGGCCUCUGAUCUGGCCCCAGAACAGCCCAACAGGGAGGGACUCGCCCCCAGCCUCAGCAGCGAAGGCGCCUCUCCGCAGUCUGCAAAGCGGGAAUUCACCCUCGCCAAGCGUUCAGAUCAUGGAAGCCAAGAUAAUGGUGACGACAGUGGUGUCCCUCCCGAUCUGUGGUUCAAACUCCCACCUCCUCCCCCAGGAUCACCACUGGGGCUCACGUCCUCCGGUCUGCUCUGCACCCUCAAUCCAACCACAUCUGCCCAGUUUUCCUGUAAUGCUGCUGCUCUCCUGUGACUGAAGAAUAUGCUCCGAACCAAUUCACUGCUUUCUCAUCUCUGAUUUUGUUCACGAGUAUAUUUCUUUUAGCUGCCAGCUUUAUCCAAAGUCCCCGGAAGCAGGGGGGGUCCUACCUCGGGCCCGACAGCUGGCUCCGUGGUGCCUUGCAUGUGCUGGGCGCACGGCAGCAGGAUGUCAUGGGUACCUAUGGGCUAACCGUUGUUCCUUAUUUCUGAGUAAUUUAAUCAUACCUAAAGACAGUCUCAUGCUCACUUUAUAGAUUUGGGGUGAUGAUAAAUGAUGAUAAAAGGACGAGACCCCAGGGUUGGCUGUCUAGCUCACAGGUGUGCCCCAGGUCACAGGCAAUAGCCCUUAGGAUCACCCACCGGCUCUGCUGAGACCUGCUCCAGGGAA